AUGGCAGCGAACAGAAGAGCGAGGACUUUCUUAUCUGUCUUCCUGCUGUGCUGCUGGCAAGGUGUGCAGCCCUGGCCGAAUAGAGAGUUUUCAGGUUUAAGGGCUAGACAACUGCCAAGUUUUAAAGCUCUGGAUGACGAUAUAGCUACAGUGUUUGAUGAAAUUCUAGUCCGGGAGAUUUUGGAUCCAGGGAAAACAUCAUAUUUUGAAAAUCAAAGCCCACCAAAAGCCUUAGAAGCAAAAACAACGAAGGAUAAAAAAGUCUGGGUGAAAGAAUCCAGUACUCCUAAGAAACAUGAGAAGCUAUCCUCUCCUGAGACCAUAGAUACCCUUUCCUUUGAUGAUGAAGAGAAACAAACACUUUUUCAGAUAAAAAGCCUCGAGACUCUGGAGAAAAUCAUCAACACUAUCCGAAGAGCUAUUGGAACUCAUCUCAAGAAAAAACAGAGGUUUCAGAAAAGCAGGAGAAUCAGACAGUUCCUGGGGAAACUGAAGAAGCCCUAA